GGAUAGUCGAUAGAGUCAGUCCAUGUUUUAUAGACGCUGUAGUGAUAGAAUUAAUUUUAUAAUGUUAUAUUGAUAAUUUUUAUAAUUGAAUAUUUUCAGUAGAGUUUUUUGUAUGAUCAAUUUAUAAAUUUUAAUGUCAAUACUAUUGCUUUAUAAGAAACUUAAGUUGAGUUUGUAAAUUAUUUGGAAGCCAAAUAUAACCUUAACAUGAUCAAAAUCAUAAGUACAUAUAUGUCCAUAUAAACAAGUAUGAAAGUAUCAAUUAGUUUUUAAAAUUCUUCACAAAUUAUGGAUCAAGAAAAAUUUUAAUUAGUAGUCAUACAAAAUGACGACUGUAAAAAAUAACGGGACCCCGGGCGAUAGUUUAGAAGAUUUAGGAAUACCUGGACAAUCUUUUCUUAGUGAUGCCUUAACUAGCUGUAACGAUCCUCUAAAAGCUAUAGAAGAAUUUCAGCUGGAAAAUGGAAUCCUCUUACCUUCUCUUAGACCUAUGUUACCAUUAUUAGAUCUUCAUGGUAUUCAAAGAUUUGAUUUUCAUGCUUCUGUAUUAGAAGAGCUAAGAGAACAGCUAAUAAAACGCAUUAAUGAAAUUGGAGCAGAAAGAAGUGAAAAAGGCUCGCAAUCUGUUGAUCGUAGACUGAAAGAGCUCUUAUCUAAAAGUUUUCCUGCUAUAAGAGUAGCUGCUUUGAGGCCAGUCGUCAUGUGCAUUUUGAGAAACACACCAGUCAUAGAUGAUAAAUACUUGAAAAUACUUGUAAGAGAAAAAGAGCUUUACAAUGAUGCUGAUACAGAAGUUAAAAGACAAAUAUGGAAAGACAAUCAGAGUUUGUUUGGGGAUGAAGUGUCUCCAUUAUUUAGUAGAUACAUUAUUGAAAAAGAACAAGUUCUUUUUGAUCAUCUUAACUUAACUAGUCCAUUCUUUAUGCCUUCUCCAAAAGUGAGAAGACAAGGAGAAGUUGUACAAAAAUUAGCCCAUAUGAUUGGGCAUAGUGUUAAGUUGUAUGAUAUGGUUCUCCAAUUUUUACGAACAUUAUUUUUGAGGACAAAAAAUGUUCAUUAUUGUACUUUAAGGGCUGAGCUCUUAAUGGCUUUGCAUGACUUGGAGGUUCAAGACAUUAUUUCUGUAGAUCCUUGUCACAAAUUUACAUGGUGUUUGGAUGCUUGCAUUCGAGAAAAAAAUGUUGACGUCAAGAGAUCUCGUGAACUUCAAGGCUUUUUAGAUAGUAUUAAGAGAGGACAAGAGCAAGUCUUGGGGGACUUAAGUAUGACAUUAUGUGAUCCGUAUGCGGUAAAUUUUUUAGCAAGUAGUGCAAUGAAGAUUGCAUUGCAUCUUAUUAAUGGAGAGUCGUUACCUCGUGAUAACGCUGUCUUGGUGUUAUUGCUACGAAUGUUGGCAUUGGGUCUGUCUGCGUGGACAAUGAUUGAUUCGCAAGAUUUUAAAGAGCCUAAGCUCGAUAGUCAGGUUGUGACUAAAUUUCUUCCAGCUCUAAUGUCUUUGAUGGUAGACGAUCAAAUUCGACAGUUGAAUCUCAAGCUUCCCCCGGAUGAGCGCGAAAGCGCAAUUGCAAUAAUCGAACACUCUGGUCCUCCACCAGAUGCAUGCCAAGCCUAUGCACAAUUAUCAGGUGUUGCCGCAGUUCUGUCUAUGUACUAUGCGUUACACGUUGGCGGUAUCGGUGCUGGUACCACUGUUCAAAACAAAUCACGCGGGGAUGCUCGCGGAUUAAUGCGCGUACUUACCACGUUACCUAAUUGCCAAGGACAGCGUGCUUAUGAAGAUCCAUUUCUACAUACCUUGGUUCUUUUACUUGUUUUAAACAUGGCUGACGAAUUUACAAAUGAAUCAUUUUGUACUGUGAUAUUUGAUGAAUUCUUCUUAGCAGGCAUGUCGAAAGAUAGUGUAACUAGGCACUUGUUAAAAUUAUUAUGGUGGGUGCAUCCAAAAUUACCUUCAGCUCGACUUCAUGCUCUUGUAAAAUCUCUAGAGCCUACGAGUCAGCACAAUGAAGCUGUUCAUAGUUUGUAUCAAGCUUUGAAAGACAAAAUUGGAAAUCGUACCAACGAAGAUUUAACAACCCCACCAAGUGAUGCAAUGGUAGAAGGUCCUACGUCUCCAAUGUCUAAUUCUACGAUGCUUGGAGCUGCCAAUCUUUGAGCUACACGACUUGAGGAUGUUGCCUUUCGCGGCUUUGUCGCACUUACGCAUUCUACUUUGAGUGACAGGAAAAAAUAUUGUACAACAAUUGUUAAAAGUACAAAACUAUCUUUAUAUUAAUAAAUAUUGAUUAAUUUA